UCGAAGCUGCGUGAACCCCUUGGGCGGAUCCCUCAGCCCGCUCCUGGAGCUAGGUUCCCCGCCCCACUUCCCCUUUCCUCUACCCGCCUCCGAUAGGAUAAAGCGAACUGACCCUGACCCCCGGCCGCCAUGGCCGAGCCCCGAAAGGAGGAGGAGGACGAUGAGGAAGGGGGCACUGGGGGUCGCCCUGAGGCCGGGAAGGCAGAGCCCCCCAACCCCGCAGCCUCAGUGGUGGCCAAGAAUCUGGCGCUGCUCAAAGCCCGCUCCUUCGACGUGACUUUUGAGGUGGGGGAUGAAUACGAGAUCAUCGAGACCAUCGGUACCGGAGCUUAUGGGGUGGUCUCUUCUGCCCGCCGCCGCCUCACAGGCCAGCAGGUAGCCAUCAAGAAGAUUCCCAAUGCUUUUGAUGUAGUAACCAAUGCCAAGCGGACCCUGAGGGAGCUGAAGAUCCUUAAACACUUUAAGCAUGACAAUAUCAUUGCCAUCAAGGACAUUCUGAAGCCCACUGUGCCAUAUGGGGAAUUCAAAUCUGUUUAUGUUGUCCUGGACUUGAUGGAGAGUGACCUACACCAGAUUAUCCACUCCUCCCAGCCACUCACCUUGGAGCAUGUACGCUACUUCUUAUACCAGCUACUUAGAGGACUUAAAUAUAUGCACUCAGCCCAGGUGAUCCAUCGUGACCUCAAGCCCUCCAACCUGCUGGUGAAUGAAAACUGUGAGCUGAAAAUUGGUGACUUUGGCAUGGCACGGGGCCUUUGUACUUCUCCAGCUGAGCAUCAGUACUUCAUGACAGAAUAUGUUGCUACACGCUGGUACCGUGCCCCUGAGCUCAUGCUUUCCUUGCAUGAGUACACACAGGCCAUUGACCUGUGGUCUGUGGGAUGUAUCUUUGGAGAGAUGUUGGCUCGACGACAGCUCUUUCCAGGCAAGAACUAUGUACAUCAGCUUCAGCUGAUCAUGACAGUGUUGGGGACUCCAUCACCAUCUGUGAUCCAGGCUGUAGGAGCGGAGCGAGUACGUGCCUACAUCCAGAGUUUGCCUCCACGCCAACCAGUGCCCUGGGAGACAGUAUACCCAGGGGCUGAUAGGCAAGCACUGUCACUUCUAGGCUCCAUGCUGCGCUUUGAGCCUGGUGCUCGAAUCUCAGCUGCAGCUGCCUUGCGCCACCCCUUUUUAGCCAAGUACCAUGACCCUGAUGAUGAGCCAGACUGUGCCCCACCUUUUGAUUUUGCCUUUGACCGGGAGGCCCUAACUCGUGAACGAAUCAAAGAGGCCAUUGUGGCUGAGAUAGGUGACUUUCAUGCUCGACGUGAGGGAAUUCGCCAGCAGAUCCGUUUCCAGCCCAUAUUGCAGCCUGUGGCUGGAGAACAAUGCUGCCCUGAUGUUGAGAUGCCCAGUCCCCGAGGACCUGGUUCAGAUUGUGCCAUGGAGUCACCACCUCCAGCCCUACCUCCCUCUGGACCUACAUCUAACACCAUAGACUUGACCUCCUCUCAGCCUUCUCUACCCACUGGAGAUCCAGCCCCACCUAAAAAAGAAGGGGCCAUCUCAGACAAUACCAAAGCUGCUCUCAAGGCUGCCUUGCUCAAGUCCUUAAAGAACCGGCUUAAAGAUGGUCCCAGUGCACCCCUGGAGGCCCCUGAGCCAAGGAAGCCAGUUACAGCCCAAGAGCGGCAGAGGGAGCGAGAAGAGAAGAGAAGGAGGCGGCAGGAGCGAGCCAAGGAGCGAGAGAAACGACAGAAGGAGAGAGAACGCAAAGAAAGGGUUGUAUUGGCAGGGGGUGGUCCCUCUGGUGAUCCCCUGGCUGGACUGGUGUUGAGUGACAAUGACCGAAGCUUAUUAGAACGUUGGACUCGUAUGGCCCAGCCUCCAGCUCCACCACCUGGACCAGCAGCACCUACCCCUCCACCUCCUGCUCCUCCUCUUGGACCUGCCCCUCAACUUACUGGACCGUCACCACUCCCAGCUACUAUUUCAUCUGGUCUCCAGGCCCCAGUUACACCUCUUCCAGUCCCCCAACCAUUGGUUCCACCCCCUAGCCUUCCUGGUCCCACCCCUACAGGAACCAUGCCUUACUUUCCAUCUGGCCCAACCCCAUCAGAUCUAGGGGGAUCCCAUCAAGCUCCCACUUCAGAGUCACCAGAUGUGAACCUGGUGACUCAACAGCUAUCUAAGUCACAGGUGGAUGACCUAUUGCCCCCUGUUUUCUCGGGAACCCCAAAGGGCAGUGGUGCUGGGUAUGGAGUUGGCUUUGAUUUGGAGGAAUUCCUCAAUCAGUCUUUUGAUAUGGGUGUGGCUGAUGGACCUCAUGACAGCCAAGCUGACUCAGCCCCACUAUCAGCCUCUCUGCUUACUGAUUGGCUAGAGGGCCAUGGGAUGAAUCCAGCUGAUAUUGAAUCUCUACAACGGGAGAUCCAGAUGGACUCUCCUAUGCUGCUGGCUGACCUGCCUGACCUUCAGGAGCCUUGAAGACAAGAUAUUACAAAUCAGGCUCAAACUGGGGACAGGGGAACUAAAUUUUUCAUUUUAGGUCAAAGACAAGAUCUAGAAAGGAAGCUUCAAAACACGUACAAUCCGUGUUUUGAUGGGGAGAAUAAGAGUAUCAAUGUAUUCUUCAGGUUCAUCUCAAAUUCACCCUGCAACCUUAGGUGGAAGCCUUAGUAUCUGUAAAACUCUGGGGAAAUUAAGAGGGCUUCAGGAAAUUCUGUUGCCUAUCACCACUCAGAGCUGCCACUUCCAGUAUUGAAUUGUUUGUUUGUUUUUACAUUCCUAUUGUUGUGGGAACAGUAAAAUAUAAGAUGAUCCUUA